AUACGUCGGUUACAGGCUAGUUUGGUUAGUAUAACCAGUAACUGUGGUUCUUUCACCCCCAGUUACAAAUAACCGGUUACUUGCUGGUUACAAAUUUCUUACCGCCAAAUUCAAAAAUAAAAAGUUUAAUUUUUCAUCUUUUAUCAGCGCCAUCUAUUAAUGUAUUUAGAAAUCUGUUGUUUACUUUCUUUACUUUCUUUUCAAAUUUCCCUCUCAAUGUAACCAGCAAGUAACCGGUUAUUUUGUAACCGGUUAUAGUAACUGGUUAUAGUAACCAUACUUGGUUACUUUUUUCCCCCUCUAACCAAGUAACCGGUUACCAGUAACCAACUGGUCUCUAGGCCAAAGAGUAUGGUUAAGAUUAUAUUGUCUGACCAGUUUUAAACGGAUUAAAUUCAGUAUGGUUCACUUUGACAAAAGCGUUUUAUUAUAGACAGUACCAUUUUUAGUUCAACUAUGGCUUAAUCUGUCAUCAUCUGUACUUCGCUUUUUUUCUUUCCUUUUGCUAGUGCGUUUUCAUCAUCGUUUUUGUUUAGUUGCGUUUUUAGUGUUUUAUUUUGGUGUUUUUAAUUUGUUACCAUGAUAAAGAUAAAAGCUUUAAAUGAAGAAGUAUCAGCCAGUGAAGAUGAAUGUGAAGAGCCGGAAAAUGGUCUUUUAACUAGUGAGGCUCAAGAGGAACAUCUUCAUAGUCUCUAUUGCCAAGCUUUAAAACUGAUCGAUUCAGAUAAAGAACAAGCGAAAACUGAGUUUAUCUCUCUCUUAGAUAAUCUCGAUCAACUAGAUGAAGCUCCUGGAAUAAACAAUAUAAAAAAUUUAAAGUAUUUAUCCUUAAAAAAUUUGGGUCUUAUAUCACCCAAAAAUUUGGAUUAUUUUCUUGAUGCGCUGACAAUCGAUGGUGGAGAUGUUACUCUAUGGAUUGAAACUGGUCGUCGUGCUCUCAAUGAGUUUAUUAAUCUUCCUUUAGCCCGAGCUUGCUUUGAAGAAGCUGCUAAAAUAAGCCCCUGCAAUUGGCUUGUGGUCGAUACUCUUAUUGGUCUAUACUUUGUGCUGAAUGAUUACGUUAACUGUUUGGAGCUCUGUGCCAAAGCUUUACUUAAAGAUCAACACUACUUCAAAGCACGACUGAUAAUCUCUGAAAUACUAAAACGAUCUCCUGCCCUUCUUUCAGAGUUACCCAAGAAUUUACAUUUUCUAAUUAACUGGAAACCAUCUAGCAAAGACUUGGAACGAAGUCAACGAAUACUAUUGGAGUUCAACAAUCUUAAAGAGCGAAGAAAACGAAAAUUCAUUGAAGAUGAAACUAAUCAAAAUGAAAAAAGGAGAAGAUUGAGUUUAAAUCUUGACUCGUCCGUUGUUGGUUCUUUGCAGACUUUAGGAACUGCAUUGAAGAAUAUCUUAUACGAAUUGGAGAAAGAAGGCUAUCCUCGAAGUACUAUUAUUACAGUUGACUUGGAAACUGGAUCAGAUGAAGCACCAAGCACUGAUGACAACAUAAGUGACGAAUGUUCUGAAAAGGAUAAAAAUGUGAAUAAAUCUGAAAAGCGUGGAUCUUUUCCAUUUGAAUUUAUUGAUAAGCGACGAUCAACUCGUGUUCAAAGAAUCCACAAUAAAACAAGUGACGCUUGUGAACUUUCUAGUGACAACAUUUACGAAAAAGUGCUCAGUAUGAUACCCAAUAGUAUUCUGAAUCACCAAGUGAAAGUUAAGAAGCCGGAGAUAGAAGCUCCAAAGUUUAAUGAUGCUCAAGUGGAGAAUUCGAUAUUGUCGAGAUUCAUGGCCAAGCAAAAAGAGUCUAAAUCAAAUGGUAAACGCAUUAAUCAAUUAAUUGCUGAUUUUUUAUUUGGAAUAGCAGACCAAGCCAUUUCCAUUAAAUUACCAUCCGUUUUCAUUGAAUUAUACAAAAUUCAUCGUCAAACAUACGACCUACCUUGUCCUUUAUCCUGCCAAUUGGACAAUGAUGUCACUUUCGAAGAAAUCAAUUUGAUUCUUACUGCAAAUGAAAUGGAAUUUCAACAAUCAGAGAUUAUAUUUUUAACACAAAUGCUCCCAAUCCUUCGUAAUAACCUGACGCCAUCAGACUACGAUCAAUUUUAUGUACGUCUUUUAACCCUUCGAGGAAUUAAGGAAAAUCAAGUUGACUAUCUUCUAGUGGCCAAUGAAAAAAUUGUAUCUAACAACAUUAAAUUGAUCCAAGCUUCUAAUCAAGUAAUUUACAAUUCAUCUAGUCUUAAAUCAAUGAUCAACACAUUGAAUGAAAACAAUUUGGAUAAAUUGUUAUCUGAACAGCGGCAUGAAGAGCUAAUUGAGCUCUUGGCUUCCAAAUCUGACUUCUCAGAACCUGAGGAAAACUAUCUUUGUCAAGCAAUCGAAUCAUCUCAAUCUUGGCAUCGUGGAAUCGAAAUAAUUUCUGGAAGUAAAAAAUUAACGGAUCAAUUAUUGAAAUUAUUAAGGACGUGUUUAAAAAAUGGUUCUAAUCUUACAAUCGGAGGUGAUUUAGUAACCAGACUGUUGAAACUAGGAACUGAACAAUAUAGUGCCCUAGCCUGGACUUGUAUUUUGUAUAUAUUUAUCAGCGAACUAAAUCGAGGAGUGGACGAAAAAAAGAUUGUUUGUUUAAUCGUAACAGUGCAUCAAUAUUUGGGUAGAGCAGGUACCUGUACCCAAGCUAAUGGUGAAUUCUUACUUUUGGCACUGGACUUUGCCAUCAAUCAAUGUUCUAGAACCAAAGAUGAUUUGAUUCUUCAAUGCUUUGCUUGUCUAUACAACCACCCGCCUCCUCGACCUGGAUGUACAUUCCUUCAAGCUCACCCCUCAGUUUCCCAGAUUCCUUUGCAAUGGGAACAUGUUGAUAUUAUUUACAACUACUUUAUGCCUGAAAUUUUACCAGAAUUCGAUAGUGUUAAACGUGAUUCCAUCGACUCGGAUACAGAAAUACUUCUUUGUCGUAUUGUAGCUUUAAUACCUGACCAUCUUAAUCCCGAAAAAGAUGCUAAAUCAAUUAGUGACUAUCUUGAGAACGGCACACCGAUGACCAGGGAAUUAACUAUACCAAAGCAUCAAGUUACUCAACAUCUCUUCUAUUUCUUAGCAGACUAUUAUUUCAAAAACCAAGAAUUCUUAAAAGCCAAAAACUUUUAUAUCCUUGACUUGACAUUAAACCAUGAUCGUUUUGAUUCAUGGGCAGCCUGUGCUUUAUCAAUAACUCAUUUAAUUGAACAAUAUUUUGCAAGUGGUGACGACAUUUUCUACAGAUCUACCGAUGAAGUUAUUCGUCUUGUUGAAUCCUCUUUUCGCUGUUAUGUUGAAGCUUUACAUAUUGAGCCAAACAAUUGUAAAAUAUGGAUUGAAUAUGGUAAUCUAGCUUACAAUGUUGCCAGCUACAUAUCACGAGUGAUUAAAAGAAUUUCUAUGGAUCCAUCGGAUAAAAAAAACUUGAUCAAACAAAAGAAAAAGAUGCUUCAGAGAGCAAGAGUUUGCUUCAAAUCUGCCAAUAAUGUAGCUGAUGCCGAAGAAGUAUGGUUACAUUACUAUUUCCUGGGAAAAAUUGCCGAAAGAAAUAAUAUUUUGCAAGCUUUAAAAUAUUAUGAACUAUCUGAUCUACACUUGGCUCUUAGUGGGGCAACUUAUCCAAGCAAGAUUAGCUACCACAAUUCGACCCGCCUAUCAAUUGAAGCUCUCGAAGUGCAUUAUAGGAUUCAUGCUUGUGUUCUUAAAUAUGUUCGUCGUCAUAAUGGUCGAAUGCCGGCAAAAACGUUAUCUCAAAUCAAGAUCCAUUUACUGCGUGCUUUGAGGAGUCCUUUUACUAAGCAAGCACAAGUUUCAAACUCAACAUCUGACCAUGAUUAUAUUUCCAAUGAAAUUCGACUAAAUACAGUUAAUAACCAAAUUUCAAAUGAUGUCAGAGAAGUUGUUUCUGAUUUGGUUACUCUUGUCGAUGAUGGCGUACUUGAGGGAGAUGAGAGACGAUUAAAACCAAAAAUAAUGGAAAUGUGUUUAGAAGCUAUGAAUAGGUGUUUACAAAGAUUUCCAAAUCAUUAUAAAUCACUUUAUAGACUGGCUCACCAUUUUUUCUCACUCAAGGAUUUCAUUGCGGCCAGAGUAGUUCUUCUUGGUAGAUUUACUGCUUCAUCGGGGUCAUCGUCUUUGCUCAAAAAGCCAGAAAAUCUUUUGGAUUCAAAUAAUCAAGAUUCUUCUAAACCGGAACCUAUUCUCGGACUUUUUUCUGACCACAAAAAUAAUAACUUGUUUAAUGGAAUUUGGAGAAUCCCGACAGAUGAUAUUGAUAGACCUGGCAGUUUUAGCACUCAUAUGUUUCGAUCAACUCAACUUUUGAUUAAGAUUUCUUGGGCUACAUCUGAUCUGUAUCGUUUGUUGGCCAUAGCUAUUCAAUUAAGCAAAACUCCUGAGGUGGGUAAAAAAUAUUUACGAGAUGUUGACCGUGAAUAUCUUGCUAAAGAUACUCUUCGUCGAUGCUUCAGUAUUUUAAAAAAUCGAAUUGAAGAAAGCCAACAAAAUCGAAAUAAAUUGGACCAAAUUAGGAAUGAUGUAAGAAAAGUCUCGGAGAGACUAAUGAAAUACUCAAUCUAUCAAAAAGAUACUAUGAGUUUUAUUGGUGAAUGUGAACAGCUUCUACAAACUGUUCAAUUAUCACACUAACUCUGUAUUUUUUUGUAAUUAUUUUCCUUUUUUUUUGUAUUCAAUGUUUAUAAAUUGUAGUUAAAUCUUCGCGCCUGUAAUAAUUUUUUCAAAAUCUAUUUAUUUUGCAUAUAAAGGAAUGAUUGCUCAAAAUUUA